UCUUCAAACUGUAGUAUGUUGAGCAUGAAAGCGCAGGUGGAUGUGAUCUGCUGUAAAUCAGUAGGAACUGAUCUGUCCAUGCUGGAUAUUGAGGAUUUCAUCACAGAAAUCUGUCAGCUGAAGAAAGAGGUGGCGUCACUGGAGGCAAAGCUGAGAGAAAGAGGAGACAAACUGAACAGAGAGGAUGUGGAGAAGGUUUCAGCGCGUGUGACUGAUGGGACAGAAGCUCAGGAUUCAGUCUGGAGCGUCAGAGAUCAGAGAUCCAGAGACACACAGGACUCAGAGCUCAGCCUCACUUUACUCUGUUUUACUGACGCUCAGGAUCAUGAAUCCACUGAGCAAACCUCUGACUGUAACGCUGGAGAACAGCAGAUGCUGCAGACGCCGCUGAAGAUGUGCUCCGUCAAACUGGGGGACUGCAGGAACCUGAUAGAGAGCAGAGCAGAAGAAGAACAGAGUAACAUGGAAAAGCUGGAUGAUGAUUGGAUUGAUGAUAAGAAUGAUACUAAAGAUGGGACAGAAGCUCAGGAUUCAGUCUGGAGCGUCAGAGAUCAGAGAUCCAGAGACACACAGGACUCAGAGCUCAGCCUGAGUUUACUCUGUCAUAGUGACCCUCAGGGUCAUGAAUUCAUGGAUCAAACCAUUGACUGUAAAGCUGAAGAAGAGGAGAUGCUGCUGACGCCGCUGAAGAUGUGCUCCGUCAAACUGGUGGACUGCAGGAACCUGAUAGAGAGCAGAGCAGAAGAAACCACUGCAGAGGAACAACAACAGACUGAUGAGGAAGAGCAGGAUGAUGAUGUUGAUGAUGGAGACUUUGUUCCUUCAGAUGACAGCGCUGGUUCAUACUCUGAUGAAGAAACUGGAUCUACAUCUAAGGAACAAAGGACAAUGACCGACUCUGGAAAGGCAUUCAGCAAACAGGGUAAUUUAACGAGACAUCAGAGAAAACACACAAAACGAGAAGUCUACAGCUGCAAGAUAUGCAACAUCAGCUUUCCUACCUUCAAAGAGAGAAGACUUCAUGCAAAAGAGCACAGCGUGAAGAAGGAGUUUCACUGCGAACAGUGUGGGAAGGAAUUUUUCACCACUCCUUAUAAUAUGAGAGCUCAUAUGAAGACACACAACGAAACGUCUCUCCAGUGCAACAAAUGUAAUAAGUUUUUCCGCAACAAUCGAAAUCUUUCUGUUCAUAUGAGAAUACACACAGGUGAAAAGCCGUACAAAUGCCCUCAGUGCGCGAAGUGCUUCACCCAGAGAUCUCAUCUGAACAACCAUCUACUCACGCACACCAAUGAGAAUCCAUAUCAGUGCAGUGAAUGUGGUAAACCUUGUAAAAGCUCAGCUACUCUAAAGGCACAUCAAAAAAUGCACUCGGAUGACAAACCAUAUCAGUGUUCACAUUGUGGGAAACAUUUCCGUUAUUCGGCUCACUGUAAAAGCCAUGAGAGGACUCACACCGGAGAGAAACCGUACCUGUGCUCCGACUGCGGGAAGAGCUUUGCUAGUCCAUAUGCUUUCAAAGUUCAUCAGAGAAUUCACACAGGAGAAAGACCGUAUCCCUGUAGUGACUGUGCAAAGAGUUUUUAUAAGCUAAGUGACUUAAAACUACACCAGAGGACUCAUACAGGAGAAAAACCUUUUAAAUGCUCACAUUGUGACAAGGCUUUUUCUGCAUCAUAUUCUCUGAAGAUCCAUGAAAGAAUGCAUACAGGAGAGAAACCUUACUGCUGCUCCAUCUGCGGCAAGAAAUUUGCUUUUAAAAGGGGUGUUCAGAAGCACCAGAAGAAACACGCUGCUCCAGAAUCAUCAUUUUAGGUUGUCUAAAACAGUGUUACAGGACUGUUUUAAGGUUGUAAAAAGUAAGUAGGACGGGGUGCCCAAACCUGCUCUUGGAGGGUCGCUGACCUGGAGAGUUUAGCUCCAACCAUAAUUAAACAAACCUGAAGCAGCUAAUCAAGAGCUGUCUCUGAAAAGCUGUCUGUGUCUGAAAUCACCUGCCCUAUUUGAGGAAACAGCCAUUUGAAAUGGCAUCCAAAACCACAGUGGACUCUACUGAGUGCACUCAUUCAAUGCCACAAUUCAAAAACGAGUGUACAACUGAUUUAAGGCCUGGGUAUACUUGACCUUCCACGUUCCAUUACAACUCGCGCACAGCUGCAUUUGCACAGUUUUUAAAGCAUACUCAUCUGCGGAUGAGCACAGAUUGCCAAGUUCAACACAUGUGCCGUACAACUGAUGGUAAGCCCCGCCCCUUGAACGCAGAUGAGCCAAUGGCAUUCCAGUAUCAGUUGUAUCAGUAUCAGUUGCUCGGACAUCUUUAGGUUUCAGCGCCAUAGAGAUACAUUGGAGGUCCGAAGCUCACAUCUGUUUAAUGGUGUUUAUGCUACAAAAAUAGUAAAACGAUGUGCCUGGGGUAACUUUUAACACUUUUUCCAAGUAUCCUGAGAGGAUAGGCAAUAAAAUUUAAUUUCUUAAACCCAAACAAAAGAGCAAAAUGUCCCUAAGCAUUCAAGUUUAAUCCCAAUGAAGACAAAAACGUUCAUUUUCUGGUGUCAUACACUCAUUAAGUUUCCUCUGCUCAGGCAGAACAUUAAUUUAUCUUGUACUUCAGCAAAGUAUCUCUGGCUGAAACUAGCUAACGUUCAAGUUAGUGAGUCCAUACCUAAAGGACUCCUGUGUCUCUGCUGACUUUUUCUUGCGGUUGCGCUGUUGUACUCACGGUCUCCAAAAACUCUUCCAUUCAGAUAGGGUGCAUGGCUGUCCGUGAGCCCUCCUGAUGAUGAAAAUUACGUAAUGCGGACGGUCGAAGUAUUCUUUGGCCUUUACACUGUAAGGGUCAUGCCAAAUUAAUGCAUGAUGUUGGAUCUCCAGGAGCAGGAUUGGACAACCCUGCUCUAGAACAUUAUAUACAGUGUAGAAAUGAAUCUUCUGGAUGAAGAACUGUUUUUGUGACAGCUUUAAAUUCACUUUAACGUGCAGAUCAGUGUCUGAUAUUGAAUUACAGUGUGUGUUUAUGGGUUUUUUAUUUGCAACAACCGAAUGAUGAGGCCUAAUAAUUUUAUCAGUUAUUAAAUACUUCUUGAAAAACAUCAUGACAUGAAAUG